GCACGUUUUGAAUAUAAUCGAAGCCGCUCCAAAAGUGAGCUGAGAAUUCAUUUGCUCAUAUCUUAAAACCUUAGGUUAAAACUUGUUAGAGAGAUGUUAAAAGAUAGAGGUAUAAAACUCAAGAUUUCCGAAAGGGGAAUUUCCUCAAAUCAUAAAAUAACCCUAGAAGAAUUUUCCCUCUUUUUUCUUCACCUGCCAAAUUUCGGUGGGCAGUAAACUACCAAAAUUAUUUUCCAUGAAACAGUUUUCUCCUCACCGUCAAUCUCUUCUGCCAGCAAACGGAUUGCAAAAAUAUUCUUGAUUUCUCCAAAGUUCAAAUACAAGGAACUGUCAAUUUGCUGUUGAAUUCCAUCACUUUUCAGUUAUGGCACCCGCCUCUUCUUCUUCUUCCCCCUCCAAGAAGCUUCUUAUCACAGAUCCGAAGCCCAAACCUGGCCCCAGUUCCGCCUCCUCCUCCUCCGCCACCAGCACGCCGCUGCCGGCGACGGAGAAGAGGACCCGUGAUCAGCCCAAUUUGUCCGAUUGCCAUUGCUGCGGCCGCCGGAUUAUCCAAUCAAACCCUAAGGACCGCCUCCACCCGAUGGACAGCGUUUGGCGGAUAGUGCUCCUCUGCAGGAAAUGCCGCAGGAGUGUUUCUUCGGGCCAAACGUGCCCUUACUGCUUCCAAGCAACGGGAAGUUCAGGUGAUCUUUGCACAUGCAGAGUUUGUCAACGCAAAAUUCAUGAAGUGUGUGUUAGGGAUUAUGGGAAAUGCACACCUUGGUGUUAUUUGGGAGCUGGGUUUGAGGGGUUUAGGGUUUGUGUGGAUUGCUGGGUGCCUGAAUUGCUCAAGAAUUCGGUUCAGGUUUUGGGAAGUGAGAACAGUGGUGGGUUAAAAGAAAAGGGUGAGGGUAAAGAUUUGUUGGAGAAUGCCGAGCAGAAUGGAAAGUGUGGGGUGGAGAAGAAGGUCAAGAAGGCGGUGAAGGCCAAGGAUCAAGUGUCAAGGAGGGGCAAGGAGGCGAUUGAUGAGGGUGAUUUGGUGGAUGGUACAUGUGAUUUGCUUGCUAAGAAUGACAAGGAUAGUUUGAAGGCUGGGAGUUCAAAUUGUAGUGGUGAAACUGAAGUUGUAGAUGAUGCCGAGUUGGCAAUUCAACUGCAUCGAGUUAUAAAUAGUUCACCAAGAAUUUUGAGGGGUGUGCCAUUGGAAAACUCCAAUGAUGUGGGUGGUUCGAAGAUUAGGAAAUGGAAAGGUUUGUCUUAUAAAAGAUGCAGUUUAGGAAAAAGAUGCAAUGGAGAUCAGAAGCUUGACAUCUGUGCUGAUAGUGCUGUGAAUGGUUCAAGUAUUGGUCUAAGUGGAUUAAGCCUAGGACUGAUACCUUAUAGGCGGGACAGAAAGCGAAAAAUCUGGUCAAUAGACAAUGAGAAUACUGAAAUUUCUGAAUCAACAUCUAGCCUGCAAGCAGCAUUGAAGAACUUGCAUUCAGAUGAGGCUGGGGUUGAGUGCUCGGAUGAAGCUUGGGUUGGGUGUUCACUUACCAGUGGUGAUGAUACAUCAGAGGAUCCAAGUUGUGAAAAUAUUGAACAAAGUAAUUCUUGCACGGAUGGUAGUAGAUUUGGGCAAGACCUUAUAACUUACAAGCGCUCUAGGUUUAAGAAGAAGGUAUUCCAAAUGAAUGGCCUGAUCGGUGUUUCUGGUGAUAGCAUCCCUUAUGGUAACCAUGGAGUGACCUUCAACUCUGAGUUUUGUCUAUCUGAUUUUGCGAACCUUAAUACUAGUUCUCUAGUCAAGAGUAAGACUGAAGGAAUUUUGCUGAGUGGCAGUUCUGAGACAGAGCAGGAUCGCUAUCAUCUGAAAUAUGUAAAACGAAUACCAGGCACCAAAAUUGACUCGAGUUUCUUGCAUUAUGGUACUUUUCAUGCCACAGACCGCUAUCUAUUUAAGUACGCUAAGAGGGUGAAGAGUUCCAACUCCAGCUCAAAUUCUGAAGCUAAACUGCAUUCUAAUGCUUUUCGGGAUAAAAUUGGCAUCUCUGCUACAAGAUUAACUACUAAUUGCUCUGUGGAAUCUAGGACUCUAUCUGAUGUUUCAUUUGACUCCUUUACUGUUGAUGCCACAGUGAACAGGAAAAUUUAAUGAAUCCAAUGUUGGGGGCAUCCUUCAGUGGCUUGGCAGAAACUGUAAAAAUGGCUUAGAGUAAUAAGGGUACUGUUUCCUGCUGCUCUAUUUUUGUUUGACUACCCUGUGCACAUUGUUGUUUUGACAAAUCCAUGUAGUAUUUGACGAGUUAAGCUGGCAAUAUCAGCCUCUUGCUUCUUCAUGAUAGCAUGUUUCAUCUGAAGUCUGUAUUAGUAGAAAUAGUUAAUGUUGUGGCUAUCUGGCGAUGAGUAGAGUUCAUGUAUAUAGCCUUUUAUCUUGGAUCAGAACCCCCGUUGUUUGC